AUGGGCCGAGCUAAGUUGGUAUUCGAUGAGAUGCCCAGGAAAGAUGUUAUAUCAUGGACUUCAGUUAUAGUAGGCUAUGCAAUCAAUGGUCAAGGAGAGGAAGCUUGUGCUGCUUUUAGGAGAAUGGAGACUGAGAACGUAAAACCAAACUCUGUCACUUUUCUUGGUGUUCUCUCUGCUUGCAAUCAUGUUGGCCUAGUUGAGGAAGGCCAAAACUUCUUUCAUUCUAUGUGCAUGUCUUACCAUAUUCAACCAAACAUUGAGCACUGUGGAUGCAUUAUUGAUAUGCUUGCACGAUCUAGGAGACUAGAAGAGGCAGUAAAAUUUGUAAGGAAUUUGCCCGUCGGGCCAAACGCAGUUAUUAGGAGGAUGUUAAUCAAUGCUUAUAAAGUUCAUCGUGAUUUUGAUAUAGGAUUGAGUUUGAUCAGAGGGCUAAAGACUUUUUCACACAGUCCUGAAGAUCAUGUCAUCUCUUCCAAUUUGUUAGCUGAAGCAGGAAUGUGGGAUGAUGUCCUUGAUGAAAGAAGCUUGAUGGUGAAACAAAAAGUUCUAAAGGUUGCUGGUAAAAGCUCAAUUUCUGAAUUAACAUAA